AUGCGAAGUAUCCUCUUGUUUCUACUUAUCAGUGCUGACAUUUAUAAUGUUCAGAUAAACAGUAUUCCGUUGAACAGAAAUGGACUUCCACGGCCUCCAGUUUUACCUGGACCACGUCCUCCAUCCGGAAAACCACCACAAUUCCCAUCACUCCCACCAAUCGGACCACCCCCACAAUUUCCUCCACCUCCACCAUUCGGACCACCCCCAAACUUCCCUCCACCUCCACCAUGCGGACGACCCCCACAAUUUCCACCACCUCCACCAUUCGGACCACCCCCAAACUUCCCUCCACCUCCACCAUGCGGACAACCCCCACAAUUUCCACCACCUCCACCAUGCGGACAACCCCCUCAAUUCCCACCACCUCCACCAUUCGGACCACCCCCACAAUUCCCACCACCUCCACCAUGCAGACCACCACAAUUCCCACUACUCCCAUGA